CGAGCCUGGUAUUACGAACCUAUCACGUGACCACGUCCAGCGGAUAUAUCCAGGACUUGCUACAGUCAUGUCUGAAUUUGCAACCCGCCUUAACACGGUGGUAUUGAUGGAUCAUGUAUAGGAAGAUCACUCGCCUCGAUGGACGCCUUGUUGGCUUUGCCAGUUCGCCUCGCCCCUUGAAUGGCCGGUCAAUUGUAACACCUUUCAAAGCUGAUAGGCUGAAAAGCUAUCGCCUUAACAGAUGGUUUGGCAAUUGUACGACGAAGCAUGCUUCCGAUGCACCUCGCACAAUCUUCUCUGGUAUACAGCCGACAGGUGUGCCUCAUCUGGGCAAUUACUUGGGUGCUUUAAGGGAAUGGGUGCGGUUGCAGAAUAGUGCGACUGAAGAGACACAAUUGAUAUUCUCUAUCGUGGACUUACAUGCGCUGACAGUACCACAAAAAUGUCACAUGUUGAGGGGCUGGAGGAAAGAGAUGCUCGCCACAUUAAUCGCUGUUGGCUUGGAUCCGAAUCGCUCCACGAUCUUUUAUCAGUCUGCUGUCCAAUCACAUGCCGAACUGUACUGGAUCUUAUGUACGAUAGCAUCUAUUGGGUAUCUAUCACGAAUGACUCAGUGGAAGAGCAAGCUUCAAUUACCCGACGAUGUAACUCUCGAAAACCCAGCAGCAAGAUCAGAGUUGCGGCUCGGUCUUUUCUCGUACCCUGUUCUUCAAGCAGCGGAUAUACUUGUCCAUAGAGCUACUCAUGUCCCUGUUGGAGAAGACCAAAGACAGCAUCUUGAAUUCUCCCGAAAUAUCGCAAAUACUUUCAACCAUCGCUAUGGGCAGAUCUUCCCGGCUCCAAAGGCUCUCAUAUCACCUGCUAGACGAGUGAUGUCUCUUAAGGAACCAACCGUCAAAAUGUCCAAAUCUCAUAGUGACCCUCGAUCCAGAAUUCUUCUCACCGACUCGUCCGAGGACAUCCGUAAGAAGAUCCAGGUCGCGCUCACGGAUUCAGAAGAAGGUGUGACGUAUGAUCCCAUUCGGAGGCCGGGAGUCUCUAAUCUUUUAGAGAUCCUCAGUCAUUUCGAUGGCAGGACAUGCGAGGAAUUGGUCUCAGAGUACCAGUUUGCUAGUCUCAGAGCUCUGAAGGAAACCUUAACCGGUCAGGUCUCGGACAAUCUUGCGCCUAUUAGGGAAAGAUACCUGCAACUCAUUGCGAAUAAGGGCGGGUAUCUAGAUGCUGUCUCCGAACAAGGCGCUCAUGCAGCCCGGGCCAAUGCCGAACAGACCAUGAGCCAUGUUAGGAACGUAAUGGGUCUAUGAAAGGCUUCUGCCAUUCACGGCUAACUCUUGCCUUCACCUUUCUACUAUCGAUGGUUUGAUUGCUAAAGGUAAUCCUCGCAAUCUCAUGCCCGGAGGCUUGAAUCAUACCAUUUUUACUCCUAUGAAUACAAUAAUACACCAUUUAUUUAUCUCGCUCUUGUGUAUCCACUAAGUUGUGUUGUGGCAAUUACCAAGUAUCUCCAUUCAAGCAACAAUCAAUGGUGGCU